AUGUUCAUACUUAUCUAUCUAUCUAUCUAUCUAUCUAUCUCUCUCUCUCUCUCUCUCUCUCUCUCUCUCUCUCUCUCUCUCUCUCUCUAUAUAUAUAUAUAUGGAAAAACCUUGAGUCUUAGUAAUCUUUCCUUCUUUUUACUUCUCCUCUUUCAUUUCAUCAUUCAUCGUUCUUUCUUUUCAUUAUUCAUCCUCCAUUCUUUCUUUUCAUUAUUCAUCCUCCAUUCUUUCUUUUCAUUAUUCAUCCUCCAUUCUUUCAUUUCAUUAUUCAUCCUCCAUUCUUUCUUUUCAUUAUUCAUCCUCCAUUCUUUCAUUUCAUUAGGCAUCUUUCUUUCUUUCUUCUCAUUAUCCAUCUUUCUUUCUUUCAUUUCAUUAGGCAUCUUCCUUUAUUUAUUUCUUUCAUUUCUGUAUCCAUCUUUCUUUUCAUUAUUCCUCUUCCUCCUUUUCAUUUCAUCAGGCAUCGCAUCGUUCUUUCUUUCAUUUCAUUAUUCAUCUUCUUAUCUUUCAUUUCAUUUGAUAUCUUUCUUUUUUCUUUCUUUUUAUUAUUCAUCUUUCUUUCUCUCUUUCUUUCAUUUCAUUGGGCGUCAUCCUCAUUCAUCUUUCUUUCUUUCAUUUCGUUACUCAUACUUCAUUCUUUCAGGCAUCUCUCUUUCUUUCUUUCUUUCUUUCUUUCAUUUCUUUUCAUUUUUGUUUCUUUUCAUAAUUCAUUUUCCUUACUCUUAUUUCAUUAUUCCUCUUUCUUUCUUUUCAUUAUUCUUCUUCCUGUCUUUCAUUUCAUUACCCAUCUUUCUUUCUUUAAUUUCUUUAUUCAUCUUUCUGUCUUUCUUUUUAUUAUACAUCUUUCUUUCAUUUCAUUCGGCACCUUUCUUUCUUUUCAUAAUUCAUGUUCUUGUCUUUCAUUUUAUUAGACGACUUUCUUUUCAUUAUUCAACUUUCUUUCUCUCUUUCUUUCAUUUCAUUGGGCAUCUUACUUAUUCAUCUUUCUUUCAUUUCAUUACUCACCCUUCUUUCUUUCAUUUCAUGAAGCAUUUUUCUUUUCGUUGUUCAUAUUCUUUCAUUUUCAUUAGUCAUGUUUUUAUUUUCUUAAUCUCUCUCUUUCUUUCUUUCUCUCUCUCUUUCUCUCUCUCUUUCUCUUUCUCUUUCUCUCUCUCUCUUUCUUUCUCUCUCUCUCUCUUUCUUUCUCUCUCUCUCUUUCUCUCUCUCUCUUUCUUUUUUGUGAACAUCUUUCUUUUUUUCUUUAUAUUAUUCGUAUAUUUCUCCUUUUUUAUUCAUUUCUUUUUUAUUAUUCAUAUUUUUUUAUUUUUAACAUUGUUUUCAUUUAUAUUUUUCCCUCUUUUUCAUUACUCAUCUUUCUUUUUCAACAUCCAUCUCCACUUUUUUUUCUUUCUUUUCAAUUCUUGUCUUCUUACUUUUCUUUAUUCCUUUCCCUUUCUUUCGCUUAGUUACACACUUAUUUCGUCUUUAUCUUUCUUUUCAUUACUAAUCUUUAUUUUCAUUUUUCCUAUCAUUUUUCUUUCUUUUCAUUAUGCCUCUUCUUUCAUUUCUCUUUCUUUUCAUUAUUCAUCUUUGUUUUUCUUUUUCUUUUUGGAUUUCUUUAUUUGCUUUUCUUUCUUUUUCUUUCAUCUUUCUUAUCUUCUUUCUUUCUUUUUAUUGUUCUCUUAUUUAUUUAUUUUUAUUUUCGUUGUCCUUCCUUUCUUUUACGCUUUCUUUAUUUUCUUUACUCGUUUUUCUUAUUCAUUCCUUCCUCAUUCACUUAGUCAUUUGACCGUUUUCGUUUCGUUUUUCAUUCAUUUUCUCUUUCAUCCCCACCAACACUGCAUGAUUUCCUUUUCUUUUCUUCCUCUUUUUCGAAUGAAAAAAUAUAUUUCUAGUUUCUUUUUCCUGAUAAUCACCAAGUUACUUUAUCUCUCUAUUUUCUUCUCUUUUCUCUUUUUUCUUGACUCACGUUAUUCUCUUUCCUCUUCUUUUCGUCUUUUCUCUUCAUUUUCGCUUAUUCCUUUUUAUUUUCAUUACUGUAUAUCUUCUUUUUCACGAAUCUUUCCUUUUCACCUCCUCCUUUCAAUGUCUUCUCUUCCUACGCGACGCUGUCUUUCCUUCAUCGCCUUCCAUCGUAUCCUCUCCUCCUACUCCUUAUUUGUCAUCUUCUUUUUAUCCUUUCCCUCUCCUCUUUUAACACCUCUGCUAUGCUGUUAUGUAAUAACUCCCAUUUGGAACAACUCUUUUUCUUAA